AUGUUGGGCUUCAUCUUGGUCGGUGCUCUCGUAUACUGUGUCCUCGGUGCUAUAUACCGUCUCUAUUUUCAUCCUCUGGCCAAAUUCCCGGGCCCGAAGCUGGCAGCUAUUUCAGGAUGGUACGAAUUCUACCACGACAUCAUCCAUCGAGGCCAAUUCAUCUGGAAGGUUGACCAACUGCAUCGCACAUACGGGCCCAUAAUUCGCAUUACCCCCUCGGAAAUCCACAUCCAAGACCCCUCCUUCUACGACGACCUGUACGCCCCCUCCUCCAAACGCCGCGACAAAUACGCCCAAUGGACCAUCCUCGCCGGCGCACCGCGCUCAACUUUUGCAACAGUAAACCACAACCACCACCGCCUGCGCCGGUCCGCGCUGAACCCCUUUUUCUCGAAACGUGCCGUGUGUCACGCCGAAACGCUCAUCGUGGAUAAAGUUCAGCGGCUGUGUCAGCGCUUCCAGGAUGCGUGUGUGCGCGGCACCGUGAUCCGACUGGACACGGCGUAUAUGGCGCUGACGAUGGAUAUCAUCACGCAUUAUGCGUAUGGGGAGAGUUACAAUCAUCUGGCCGAGGAGGACUUCAAGCCCGAGUGGAAGGAAACGAUUGUGGAGGCGUCGGCGAAUGGGGCGUUGCUGAGGCAGUUCCCGUGGUUGUUGCCGGUGCUCAAGGCGAUUCCAUUGCGGGUGUUGAGGGUGUUGGAGCCCAAGGGGGCAGCGCUGAUUGGGUGGCAGCGGGAUGUGAGGAGGCAGGUGGAUGCGAUUAUUGAGAAUGAUAAGGCUGGGAAUAAGGCGAAAGGGACGAUCUUUCAGGCUAUUCUGGAUAGUGCUCUUCCGGUUGAGGAGAAGCAGGCGGAUCGAUUGCAGGAUGAGGGGCAGACGCUGGUUGGGGCUGGAAGUGAGACGACAGCUAAGGCCUUGAGCCUGAUCACAUUCUAUCUGUUGAGAGAUAAAAGUAUUCUACAGAGACUGCGGGAGGAGUUGGUGAAUAUCCCAAUCGAGAUGGUAGAAGGAGGACUAUUAUCGCAGUUGGAACAGCUGCCAUAUCUGACGGCGAUUAUCCACGAAGGACUGCGCAUGAUGCACGGCGUCACGACUCGACUUCCCCGUGUAGCCCAUGAGCCAAUUCAGUAUAAAAAUUGGACGAUUCCAGCAAACACCCCCGUCAGUGAAUCCAACUACUUUGUCCACAUGGACGAAUCUAUCUUCCCAAAUCCCAACGAAUUCAUCCCUGAACGAUGGAUCAACGCAAAGAAGAACAAUUUUCGACUAGACAAGUAUCUAGUCUCGUUCUCAAAAGGAAGUCGACAAUGCGUCGGGAUCAACCUCGCAUAUGCAGAAUUAUACCUCACUCUAGCAACAGUAAUGAGGAAAUUCGAAAUGGACAACUUCAAAACGACUGUCGAUGACGUCCGCAUCGUAAGAGAUUAUUUUGUUGGCGUGCCCAAGUUGGAUUCAGAAGGCGUCAGGGCUAUCGUUACAGGUGUAUAUAAAAACUAAAGAUAUAUACAAUCAAAUAAACAAUCUACCCACUCUCCUCCAACAAAGCAGCCGAAUGCUCAAUCUCAUU